CAGCCACACCUCACCAUACAGCCACACCUCACCAUACAGCCACACCUCACCAUACAGCCACCUCACAACCCCACCAGGAGGUUUUAAUUGUAGUUUGAGACACUAUAUCAACCUCCCUCCUUCUCUCCAAGAUGGUGAGGUUGAUGGUGACGAUGGUGAUGAUGGUGGCUUCCUGUUCCUGCCUCGGUCUUGUUGGCAGGAGGAUACCGAAGAAUAGUUGGUGGAGCAAGAGGUCGAUGAUGCCCUUCCUCACCCAAACACCUGAAGGAGGAAGUGCCCUGAUGGAUCCUACACGUGGAGGAAGUGCCCUGAUGGAUCCUACACGUGGAGGAAGUGCCCUGAUGGAUCCUACACGUGGAGGAAGUGCCCUGAUGGAUCCUACACGUGGAGAAAAGUCCCUGAUGGAUCCUACACGUGGAGGAAGUGCCCUGAUGGAUCCUACACGUGGAAGAAGUGUCCUGAUCAAUCCUAAUCGAGACGACUCCACAAUCCUCACUUCCCCAGACCAAAAGACCUUGAUAUAUCCAACAUACCCCUUACAAGAUGACAAGCCUCUCAUAUACUCGACAUAUCCUUCGGCCAACGUAGAGUCCUCAGCAUACCCACUCCAGGACUCAGCUAACGAGAAGCCUAUAAAAUACUCAGUAUACUCAUCAGCUAACGGAAAACCUUCAAUAUACUCAGCAUAUUCUUCAGCAGACAUCAAUGACCCUCAGAGUGCCACCAGGGCCAUCUCAACAGUGCCAGAAGUGAGGGAGACUCCGGUGGGGCUUCCUUGGGGGGUCUACCGGCAGUGCUACCAGCGGCCUCUUCCUCCCUUCUCCCCCUUCCUCCGUCACGCUGCUCUACAAGCCACUCUAGACCUGCUGUCACGCUACCACACACACACGCUCGCUCCCCCGCCAAGACAACCCAUGAGAGUCCUUAAAGGUCACGCACACCCACUCCAACGCCAGGAUCAUCACACACACACCCACACACGCACGCCAACUCGACGCAUGGGCGGACGGACGCAAGCCACCCAAACAAAGUUCAUCGGAAUUGCUGAGACCCCAACUGGUGGGCCCUGGAGGAGUGGUCAUGAAUUAUUGAUAACACUGUACACUGGUCUAAUGGACGACUAACAGAGAAAACGCUCCAGUGUCGUUUUCUUCAAUUAUACAACGACCUUCUGUGGAUGAUAUGAUGAUAAACUGAUGUUAUAUGAGAUUUAUAUAUAUAUAUAUAUAUAUACAUUCACACAUAUAUAUUUACUCAUCAUAUUACUUAUACAUACAUAUACUCAUACGACUCAUGUGUGAUGGUAAAUUUUAGAGAACUCAGCUGCGACAGAUUUACCUACAGAUUAUAUUUACAUAAGUUACCCCUCACGUCCCCCUCCAUGUUCUGUUGACUUUGUUUACAUACGAGAGCUAUAUACUUGAGUGAACUAUAUGCUUAACAGAGCUAUAUAGACUUAAUAAAGA